CACAGCUUGGCGCGGGCGGUGGCGCGGGCGGUUAAGCGGCAGGCACAAAGUACAUCAGGAGAAGAUGAGGAGGAAGUGCGUCUUUUGGCUUUAAUUGCAAAAGAAGAUGCUAAAGAUGAAGGGAAAUGUAAAGAAAAAUUGGGUAAAUACUGCCAAGCACUACAUAAUGCAACAAUAAAAGCGGAACAAGUAUAUGAAAAACUUAAAAGCUUUUGUGAAAACGGAAAAACAGAAGGAAAAUGCACCAAAUUAAAGAACAAAGUUCAGGAAAAAUGCAACACAUUUAAAACAAAUCUUGAAACAGCAGUUGGAAAAGGAAUUUUAAAACUGACGGAUGGCGAUUGUAAAGAGAAUGAACGACAGUGCCUAUUUUUGGAGGGAGCAUGUCCAACAGAGCUUAAAGAUAAAUGUAAUGAACUGAGGAAUAAAUGUUAUCAAAAAAAACGAGAUGAAAUAGCGGAAAAAGUUCUUUUAAGAGCACUUAAAGGAAGUCUUGAAAAUGAAGAUAAGUGUAAAGGGAAAAUUAAAGAUGUUUGUCUUGAGUUGUCUGAAGAAAGUGAUGAGUUAAUGCAAAAGUGUUUCGACACAGGCUCUCUAUGCAAAUCUUUAGUAAAUGCAGUAGGAGAAAAGUGUAAAUCUUUGAAGAAAGAAAUAAAAAAUGUGUUAGCUAAUAGUGGGGAAUUAGAAAAAAAAGGAUAUUCUUUAUUUGAGGAAUGCUAUUUUUAUGGAAAAAACUGCAAAAAUCCAGAUAAACCAGAAUGUGAGAAUUUCGUAAAUAAAACUAAAGAAAAAAAGAUUAUCUACAAAGAACCAAGUUCAGAUUUUGAUCCUACAAGACCAGAGGCUACUCUAGCAGAAAAAAUAAACCUGAAAAAAUUGUAUUUGGAAGUAGCAGAGAAGGGUAUUUAUAUUGGAAAGCCAUCAAUAAAAGACGAGGCAGCUUUAUUGGCAUUAUUAAGCAAGAGUAAUGCUGGAAAUACUUUUAAAAAUCAAUGUAAAGAUGUUAUUAAAAAAAAGUGCAAGGAUUUUGAAAAGCAUAUUAUUUUAAAAGAUUUAUGUAAUAAUAAAAAUAUCACUGAUAAUCCAGAAGAAAAAUGCGAAGAAUUAAAUAAGGAAUUAACAACCCGUGCUUCACUUAUUUCUAAAAAGAUUGAGAAAUAUCUUGCUACAACUAAUGCAAAGGGAAUCAUUGGUUGGCAUACAUUGCAUACAUUUCUCAGUGAAAGAGAGUGCACAAAACUGUUAUCAGAUUGUUUUUAUUUAAAAGGUCAAGGUCCUCUUGAUAAAGAAUGUGAUAACUUAAAAGCAGCAUGUUAUAAAAAAGGGCUUGAAGCAGUAGCAAAUGAAGCAUUGCAAGAUAGGUUACGAGGAAAAUUGCAAGGUUCAAAUGGAACAUGGCUUGAAACCCUUCAAAAAGACUUGGUAAAAGUCUGUGAAAAGACGAAAGGAGAAAGUGAUGAAUUAUUUGUACUAUGUAUGGAUCCAAUAAAAACGGCUCUUACAGUGUCAACAGAUUUGCGAUUGAGGGCAGUUGCUUUACAAGAGCAUUUGAACGAGAAACGGGAUUUUCCAACGGAAAAGGAUUGUAAAGAAUUAGAAGAAAAAUGUGAGGUCUUAGAAAAAGAUUCAAGAGAAAUUAAAUGGUCAUGUUAUACGUUAAAACAGCAUUGCAAUCGACUGAAGAGCAUAGAGCACUUAGAAGAAGAGUUGCUAAAAGAAAAUAAAGGAUAUCUAAAAGAUGAAAAUAGCUGUAAAGAAGAAGCUAAGAAACGAUGUGAAAAAUGGUUUAGAAGAGAAAAUAGUAAAUUUUUUUCGGCAUGUUCUGACUUGGAGCUUGUUUGCAAAAAAAUUACUAGAAAUGUUGAAUCUAAAUGUAAUAUAUUGAAAGGACAUAUGGAAACUAUGAACGUCAUAAGUGAAAUAGCUAAAAAAGAGGAAGAAAUAUGUGGAUUUUGGGCUCCAUAUUGUAAAAAGUACGAGCAAAAUUGCGAAAAACUUAAAAACGGAGGAAAAGAUGGACAAUGCAGAAAACUCAAUAAAAAGUGCAAAUCAUUCCUUGAAAAAGAAGCUUUAGAAAACAAAGUUGUAGAAGAAUUAAAAGGUAAUUUAUUAAACGUAGGAGAAUGUAACAAUACACUUAACAUAUACUGUACACAAUUGAAAAAAGCAGAGAAUGGGCUGGAAACUUUGUGCAAAAGCAAAGAAAGCACCAAAACUAACAUCAAAGUUAGAGAAGAGCUCUGUGAAAAGCUAGUAAAACGUGUAAAAGAAAAAUGCUCAAAAUUGAAAGACGAACUUGAAGAAGCAAAAGAGGUCUUAGAAAAGAAAGAAAAAGAGUAUAAGAAGACUAAAGAAGAAGCAGAAAAAGCCAUGGAUGCAGCAAAUCUUGUUUUAUCAAGAUUAGAAGUAACAGACAAAGAAUCAACCAGUAGUGCUGUAAAUAAUGCAUCGCUUGCACCUAAAGAAACAAAAAAUGCAACACAAUUCAAGCUUAUAAGAAGAAAUGCAAAAGUUCAAGUGACUAAAAAAGAGUUAGAGGCAUUUGAUUUAGUAGCAAAAGCAUUUGAUCUCUAUGUAGAAUUGAAGGAAAUAUGUGAUCAUUCACAGAAAGGAUGUGGAUUCAGAAAAGAAUGUCCAAAGUGUAAAGAAGCAUGCAAAACUGUAGAUCGCGUGUGCCUGGGAUUAGAACCAUUAAAGAUAAAACCAUAUGAAGUGAAGACAGUAACGGAAACCAACAUAACAACGAUCACAGAAACAGUCAAAGAAGCGGAAAAAACAGUAGGAGACGGAGAGAAAUGCAAAUCUCUCAGCACAACAGACACGUGGGUCACAAAGACGUCGACUCAUACCAGCACAUCCACAACCACAUCCACAGUCACGUCAAGAAUAACACUCACUUCGACAAGAAGAUGUAAACCGACCAAGUGUACGACAGGAGAGGAGGAUGAUGCAGGAGAGGUGAAGCCGAGUGAGGGGCUGAGGAUGAAUGGGUGGAGUGUGAUGAGGGGGGUGUUAUUAGCAAUGAUGAUUUCAUUCAUGAUUUAG